AUGCAUAUAGUAGGUGCAGCAAAGCAAGGAGUUGAGCUGGGAUCGUGUGGACAGCAGCAACAGCAACAGCAGCAGCAGCAGCAGCAGCAGCAGCAGCAGCAGCAGCAGCAGCAGCAACAGCAGCAACAUACAGCUAUACAUAUACAUAGUAAUCAUCAUCAUCGGCAUCAUCAUCGUCAUCGUGCUGCUGCUGCAGCAAGGAGACAUCGGGCAACAGCAGCAACAGCAGCAACAGCAGCAGCAGCAGCAGCAGGAAGAGGAAGCAUAGCAGCAGGAGGGGAUCAUGAGGCAACAGAGGGAGAGUAUGCAACAGAAGAUGGGAAUGCAGCACCAACAGCAGCAAUAGCAGCAAAUGGUACAAUUGCAACAACAGCAGCAACAGCAGCAACAGCAGCAGAAGAAGGAGAAGAGGAAGAAGAAGAAGAAGAAGAAGAAGAAGGAGAAGGAGAAGGAAGAGGAGGAAGAGGAGGAAGAGAAAGACGUACAAGAGGACAUUAUAAUAGGAGGGAACAUCUAUUCCCUUUCUCUAUUAGGAGGGAACAACAGAGGCAAAUGCAGCAGCAGCAACAGCAGCAGCACCAGCAGCAGCGGCAUGAGGGAGAGUAUGAUGAGGAAGAAGAGGAGGAAGGAGAAGAAGGAGAGGAAAGACAAUUAACAAGUUCUCCUCCUGCAUCUGCAGCAGCAGCAGCAGCAGGAGCAGCAGGAGCAUCUCCAUGGACAAAGUUACGUUUGCUUCCUCCUUUAUUAGGGGAUCGACGUAAGCAUAGAAGCAACAGCAGCAGCAGCAGCAGCAAAAGAAGCAACAAUAAGAAAGAGAGCAGCAGCAAGAAUAAGAGAGGACAUUUAUUAAUAAAUAGAGAUAAGAAGGAGAAGAAGAAAAAGAAGAAAAAAAGAGGAAAAGAAAAGACAUCAUUAAUAGAUCAUAACAACAAAAACAUCAUAAGUAGCAGCAGCAGCAGGAGCAGCAGGAGCAGCAGCAGGAGUAGCAGCAGGAGCAGCAGCAGCAGGAGCUCCUUUUAUAUAAGAAGGAGAAGGAGGAGACCCUUAUCUCCCCCUAUAGUACCAACAAUAAAUCGUCCCUUGCUGCACCUGCCUAGUCUUGAGCUCCAAUCCUCUGCUGGUCCUUCUCUAUUAGAUAAUGAUUAUUCUAUUGCUGCACCGGGAUCGACUUUUGACGAUCCCAAUUUUUUCGAUCCCACCGAUCCCAUCGAUCCCAACGAUCCCAACGAUCCCAGUAGACACGAUCCCAGUAAUAGACACGAUCCCCAAUACGAUCCCCAAUAUGAUUUAGAUAGAGAAUCUAUACAUCAUACACAAACAGAUAAUUCUCCUCAACAAAUCUUCUUACCUGUACCUCCAUCUAAUACUUCCUUUGCUGCUGCUGAUCAGCAGCAACAGCAGCAACAGCAGCAGCAGCAGCAAUUGCUACUUGGACGUCAAAAUUCAGCAAGAGCAGCAGCAGCAGCAGAAAGGAAGCCUUUGUUUCUUCCUGUUGAUAAUACACGAGGCAGCAAACAGAUUGGUGACGAUCUAAUGGAUACACCAAGAGCAACAGCAGCAGCAGCAGCAGGAGAGAGACAAGGAUCUGUAUGCGGCAGUGCAUCUAUAGGAGAGGAGACAACAGCAGAACAAUCUGUCUUAGGGAGGCAUCAUCAUCAUCGUCACCAUCAGCAGCAGCAGCAGCAGCAGCAGCAAAGAAGUGCUACUAAUAGAGAGAGUGCAUGCAGCGAGGCAGCAUUCCCUCCUUCUCCUUCUGCUGAAUUAGGUUUGCUGCUAGCAUUAUUAGGACACAGCAGCAGCGUACCUGAGGUAGAUAUGUCGUCUCCUGCAGUCGAUCCCGAUCCCGAUCCCGAUCCCGAUCCCGGGGAUCGGAAACAAAGGCCAUGGGCUGCUGCUGCUGCUGCACUACCUAGAUGGGGUGGUUUGUUUAGGCGUCAGCGUAGCUCAUUAUUACGUAGGAAGAGGAGCAGCAGCAGCAGACGUUGGCGAUGGAGUAUAAGUAGGAGAAGCAGCAGCAGCAGCAUCAGCAAAAGGAAUAAAAAAAGGAAGGAAAGAAAGAAAAAAAUAACAGCAAGAACAGCAAUUCGUUCCUCCUUAUUAGAGGCUGUACAAAUACCUCGAUUAAUGCUGAAUCCAUCAAGGACUUCCUCUCCCUCUACCAACAAGCAGCAGCAGCAGCAGCAGCAACAGCAGCAGCAGCAACAACAGCAACAACAACAGCAGCAGCAACAACAACAGCAACGACAACAACAGCAGCAACAGCAGCAGCAGAAGCAGCGACGUUCUGCUGCAGCAGAGAAGAAUUGGUAUACAUUAGAGGCAUAUGAACAAUUACCCGAGGAAGGACAAGAGGCAGAGGCAAUAAGACAACAAUUAAAAUUAACAAUGUUAAUUGUCUCUCUUAUACAAAUAAGCAGCAAAGAUACACUCAACUUCUGCUCGGCUAUAGAGGCAUACCUAUAUGCAAGUGUUACGCCGGCUUGGAGCCGGUAUAUGGGGAUUUAG